AUGGUGGACGUGCACGUUGUGGAUGAUGACGUUGCUCACGUAUUGCACGGUGAUGCAGCCGCCGCCGGUAAUGUGGACGUGGGCCCCGCGGCCGUCGAUGGUCUUGUAGGAGUUGAGGAUGAGCUCCUCCUUGAGUUGGAUGAGCAUGUUGGCGGCGAAGACGAUCCAGAGGGGCUCCGACUGGAUGACCGCGUGGCGGAGGGUGCCCGGUUUGGGGUUGACGGCGUCGAGGUCGGAGGAGUCGGUCACGACGUAGUAGCGGCCGCCUUUGCCGCCGAGCGCGUACUGGCCGAAGCCGAUUGCGCAGUCGGCGAGGCGCUGGCGGUCGAGCUGCCAGUUCGGGUCACAGCGCCAGCAGUCGUCGAUGGGGUUGCCGGUGAGGCAGGAGGAGGAGGGGUCGGAGAGCAUCGACCGACGCCUCGACAUCGAGGCGUCAGCUUGCCUGCAAAUUUUUUAUUUUUUUUUAUUUUUUUCCUUUUGGAGAAAAUGAGGAUAUGGAAAGAGAGUACAAAAACAUUGGAUACCACAAACGGUCAACCGGAAAAAAGGGGGAGUGAUGUGUGUAAUGUGUAG